GAUCGUGGAUGGCUUGUGGUUGAACCAGAAACCGUUUGAUCUUCUGACUAGCACCCUCAUCUACAGAAUAAAGUGAAAUUCCUUAGACCUUGUCGUGAAAACAAUACUUAGAACUAAGCUUAACGUUCUAACCUGUGGUGUGAUCAUGGCGGUUCACUGGGGUGGGGUUGCUGGGAUGAUAUUCUUUUACCUGAUCAUCUUGGCCGUGGGAAUAUGGGCCUCAAGGAAGACAAAACGUGCUAGUGGGACAGAAGGAGUGAUGGUGGCAGGACGAGAUUUUGGAUGGUGUAUCGGUCUUUUUACUUUGAUCGCUACUUGGGUAGGAGGUGGAUACAUCAAUGGGACAGCAGAAGUCGUUUUUACUCCAGGAUACGGCCUCGUUUGGGCCCAAGCCCCUUGGGGCUACAGUCUCAGUUUUGUCAUAAAUGGGCUUUUCUUCGCCAAGCAGAUGCGAGCAGCGAAUUACAUUACAAUGAUUGAUCCAUUUCAAGAAAAGUAUGGAAAUCGUAUGGGAGGACUCCUCUUUCUUGCUGCCAUCACUGGUGAACUGCUAUGGUGUGCCGCUAUAUUGGCUGCUUUAGGAUCAACGAUAAGUGUCAUUUUGGAGCUAGAUCAGAACCUUUCAGUCAUCAUCUCGGCUUGUAUUGCUGUCUCUUAUACCCUAUUUGGUGGUCUAUUUUCUGUGGCUUACACUGAUAUCGUCCAACUUGCUUGCAUAUUCAUCGGUUUGUGGUUCUGUGUUCCCUUUGCGCUCACCAAUAAGGCUGUAACACCACUUCCAGAGACGACUGAUCGCUGGGUUGGAGAGUGGGACGUCAGACUCACCGGGCAAUGGAUCGAUAGCAUGUUGUUGAUCAUAUUGGGCGGAGUGCCAUGGCAGGCAUACUUCCAACGGGUUCUGGCAGCCAAGACCCCUCAUCAUGCCCGAUACUUAUCAUUGGUUGCAGCAUUUGGAUGUUUCUCUCUCAGCAUCCCUGCUUACGUCAUGGGUGCCGUGGGCGCCAGCACCGAUUGGACAAUGACUAAUAUAAACCUGAACAAGACGGAUCUCUAUGAAGAACCAGGUCUUAUUCUACCAGCUGUCAUCCAGUAUCUCACCCCACCCGUGGUCGCUUUUCUUGGCCUGGGGGCCAUCUCUGCGGCCGUGAUGUCUUCUACCGAUUCGUCCGUCCUCGCAUCAAGUUCAAUGUUUACCAGGAACAUCUACAAACAUAUCUUUAGACCAUCGGCCUCCGAGUGUGAAAUGAUGUGGGCACUUCGUGCUGCUGUGGUCAUCGUCGCAACCAUAGCUACCGUCAUGGCAUUGACAGUCGAAUCUAUCUACAUCCUCUUCGUCCUCUGCUCCGACUUCGUCUAUGCCUUGCUCUUCCCGCAAUUCGUUUGCGUCAUCCACAUCAAGAAGUCCAAUACGUAUGGCUCGGCCGUAGCCUUCGUUCUCGGUCUCUUUCUCCGUCUGAGCGGCGGUGAACCAUCCCUCGGUCUACCUCCCCUCAUCCAAUAUCCUUACUACGAUAAAGACCUCGGCCAGUUGUUCCCAUUCCGUACCUUGGCGGCAAUUGUGGCUUUCGUGUCCUUGGUCAUCUGUUCCUAUGCCACGGACAUUAUAUUCACCAAAGGUUAUCUACCGAAGAGGUUCGAUGUCUUCAAGUGUGUGGUUAACACUGAUGAGAAGGGGACGUAUGCAGGUCCUGUUCAGGAGGCUAACACUCAAAUGCAGACAAUUGAUUCCACGAAUAAAAGUGCUUAAUCUGUAAGCUUAAUGGAAAAGAUACCUCUCCCUCACAUAAUUACUCUUACCCUGGAGGAUAGAUUGAGUUCACCUAUAUCAGAAAGCUGAACUUGGUAAAAUGUGGUUUAGUAACAAUAUACGUUAUAUAUUACAAAAAGUGGGUAUUUUAGUUUGUUGACAGAAAACUCCGUGUAGAUGUAGUGCUUCAAAAUGAUGAUACAUGAUGAUGAUGAUGAUGAUGA